GAAGCGUUCGCAAGCUCUCCCGGUUAGUCCGUUAUCUCGCUCACGUAAGUAGCCACGAAACUCUGGGCGCGCUUGAUCGCGAGGCUCGCGGUUGCUCGUGGAUUCGAUUUCAGUACGGGAUGAAUCCGGGGGCUGGAUCGAUCGGGGAAAGGGAGUGAUCGAUCGGGUCGGAAUCUCAGAAGUGUUCGCGACGAGCGAUUCGAUCGUUGCGGAAAGUACGAAGUGACGGAGGCGAGAGGCUCGAUCCAGAGUUCAAAGUGCGCGCGACCCCCAGCGAGUUACGCAACGCUCGUGUCGCAGCUCGCCGAGUGCAUGCUCAAGUCUGCGCACCCGAACGCCAUGGAGACGCAUGGAAACGUCGGUUUGGGGGCGGCACCGAUCGCCGAGAAACCUGGAGCAUCGAGUCGGGAAUCGAACCCGCUGGACGACGCUGUCGGGAAGCUGCUUCAAGGAUACGAUUGGACUCUUUUGCCUGUGACUUCGCGGGCGGGCGGUCGGAGGAGCGCUCACGUAAAGCGUCCGAUGAACGCUUUCAUGGUGUGGGCGCAAGCCGCGAGGAGGAAACUCGCCGAUCAAUAUCCGCAGCUGCACAACGCCGAGUUGUCGAAAACCCUUGGGAAACUGUGGCGGAUUCUCAGCGAGGGUGAGAAGCGGCCGUUCGUCGAGGAGGCUGAGAGGCUGCGGAACGUUCACAAGAAGCAGCACCCUCAUUACAAGUACCAACCACGACGAAGAAAGCCCAAAACCGAGGAUCAGCCGUCGGGCUCGGCGAGUCAAGAACGCGGCUCGGUGCCGUCGACCGGCAGCUCCCUGGACUCGCUCGAUUCGAACUACGGGAACAAGCUCUACCAGCACGAGACGACGAGCAAGUACGACCGUCAUCUGUCCUACCACGAUGAAAUCGGAGUGAAAGGCUUCGAGCUGGGAAAGCUGAGGCAGCUCGAGCCGAGCAAGAGGCCAGGAACGGUGGAGGGCCACGAGCCCCCGAGGAGCUGCGAGGCUCUCUCGAACAAGUACAACUUGACGCCACCGUUGACCCCUGCCUCGAGCCUCGUGACGAAAGCUUACGUCGAGACGAAGUCGAGCCUCCAUCAGCACCACCAUCACUACCAUCAAAUGACCUCGGCCCCAAGGUACUCGCAUCAGCACACCAACAAACCUUACGAACAAUCGGCCUCCCCGAGGUACUCGGAGAGCUUCAAGUACCCGGAGGUCGUCAGCCCUCCCGGCAAGUCUUACGCCUGCGUUCACGCUCAGUAUUACCCGGCACCGGAAGUGUACCCGAGCCUCCACGAGGAAAACAACUACCAGGCGCAGCCGAUGUCGCCGCACUCUUUCUAUCCUUACAUCGCAGCCGGCUCGGUGCCCCAGUCCCCGUAUUACAUGGGGCCUCGAUAAGCAACCGCCUUUUCACUUAGUCUACUUCAUUCUCCGAUCUGAAAUUUCAAAAAGUUAGUUCUACGGAAAAUUUUUCAUCUUUUCAAUAAACAAAGCACACUUUGACGCGUCAGCCUUUGGCGAGGCGAAGAUGGGAGCAAAUUUCCAAAGGAACUUCCACCACGAUGUUUGGCACGAAAUUAUUUUCGUAAAUAAACUAAUUUACGUGUCGAGGGGCUCAACGAUGCAGCAAAAUGGGAAUAAAAAAUUUACGAAUCGAAAGUUUCUCGUGGCUACGAGGAAAUUUGCUCCGAUGGAAAGCCUUCGAGAGAACAAUCUUCUUCCAAAGAGACAAAAAUCGUCUGCAAAUAUGGGGUGGAUUUUCGCAGAAGAUUGUUACGAAUCGAUGCUGUUAAAUUAUUGUAAUUACAAUCCAAUCUAUUAUUGUUACAUAAAAACUCCACGAAUGCGCUAUCAACA